UACAUAACCAUUAUUGUACUGAAUGUGAAACGUCCUGCAGUUGUAUGUUCAAUAUUCAUAUGUAGCAUUCGCUGAUAAUAAAGCAUACAAGCUUAAAAAGCCACAAAAAAAGGACUGUGUCGUUCCCUCAACAUAAAUCGAGACCACGACUUGACAUCACGUGACCGGAGAUGGUCUCCCUCCUGAAUCCAAACGGUCCGUGGCUUCUCUUGUAAAACAGCAUUUUUUUUUUCGCAGUCAAGUCUAAAAAACAGAUCACCUCAGAACUAAAACGAAUGUUUAAUUGCAAGCAUGUUGAAGAUUAAAAGAUGGGGUGUUUUCUAACCGGAAGAAGUUUAGAGUUGCACAGUCGCUUGGUCGUACGUAUCUUAAAAUAAGAUGCCACGGAAAGAUCCCUGUCAAAAACAGGCUUGUGCCAUACAGAAAUGUUUACAAGCCAACAAAUACAUCGAAAGUCUUUGUGAGGAUGUGAUUCAAGCCAUGAGGAAGUGUUGUGAAGUCCACGCAGGAGAAAACUCUGUCUGCUGCUCUGGAUUUACCAAGGAGCACAAAUCUACAGACACAAACACAACCCUUUAAUAGAAAGCUAUACAGUACACAUGUAUAUUUACUGCAAGAGAUCAGAGGAGACUUUCAAGGACAUGUGGAAUACAUAUUCAUCGUCUCUUGUAACUUUCAUUAAAUCAAGCUGUCUCUGGCUGUCACCAUUUAUUCAACAGUUUAUAGUGAGAAUAUUAUGCAUUCAACAUCUAGUGUCCAUCAUAGUGACCUGCUUUUUUUGUAUGUUCAAAACACAAAGGCCUUGUAGGGACAGCCAUAUGAAAUGCAGAUUACAAAAUGAGAAAAGAAACUGGAAUAUCCUAUUAUGAUGUGCUGAGCAUUAGCUGUAAUUUAGGGAAAUAGAUUAGAUGUAUUGUAUAAAUAUCAAUACAACAAUCAAAACAAAGAUGAGACAAAAAGGCAAACCAGAAUUGUUUAAAACCGGAUUUACUUUGAACAUUUCUGUCAUUAUCGGAUAACUUUUAUUGACCCCUUGGUCUUUGAAGUAAUGUCCAGAGUUAUUACAGAAAUAGCUUUGAGCAUCGAGUUUUAAAUGCACUUAGCUUAGUCAGCAUGACAUUAGAUAUGGGGUUUUAAAGGGCCAAUUUCAAAUGUUUCAACUAUUUGCAUGUUUAAAUAAUCUCUCUUUUCAAGUCUUGUGUCAAAAAUAGUUUGUGCCAAAAUAAUAUAGCAAAAUGUUCAA